GGGAGGAGGGAGGAGACGGGGCGCCGGCGGCCGAGUGGGGUUCACCCUGGGAACUGCGAGAGCCGGCGGCGCCCGGGACGCAUGCGCACCGCCGGGGGAGCCCCGCGGGCCGGAGCUGCGCCCCCCGCGCCGCGCGCCACCCCGCCAGCGGGAGCCGAACUCGCCGAGCCCGGGAAGCGGCAGAUGUCCACAGCGCCGGAGCCCGACCCCAGCCCCGGGCAGCAGGCAGUGGGCAGCCGGGGCUCCGACGCCUGCUGCUUCUGCUGGUGCUGCUGCUGCAGCUGCUCCUGCCUCACCGUGCGGAACCAGGCCGGGCAGCGCCCCAGGACGGCCUCACAGGAGCUCGGUGCUGAGGAACAUCCGGCCUGCGAGGACAGCCCGAGCCCCACCCUGGAGGAGGUGCGCGCCUGGGGCCAGUCGUUCGAGCAGCUGAUGCUCACGCCGGCCGGCCGCAAUGCGUUCCGUGAGUUCCUGCGCACGGAGUUCAGCGAGGAGAACAUGCUUUUCUGGAUGGCCUGCGAGGAGCUGAAGCGGGAGGCCAACCGCAGCGCCAUCGAGGAGAAGGCCCGCACCAUCUACGAGGACUACAUCUCCAUCCUCUCUCCCAAAGAGGUCAGCCUGGACUCGCGCGUCCGGGAGGUCAUCAACAGGGACAUGGAGGCGCCUUCCCAGCACGUCUUCGACGACGCCCAGCUGCAGAUCUACACGCUGAUGCACCGGGACUCGUACCCGCGCUUCAUGAGCUCGGCGCUCUACCGGGACCUGCUCCAGUCUCUGGCGGACAAGGCCGUGGAGGCCUAGAGAGCACCGGGCGCGCUUGGG